UUUUUUUUUUUUUUUGCGCUUGAGUCCAAAGAAAGCGGCCACCAAAUCAUAUCGCGCAACGCAAACCUGUGCUUAAUCCCAUCUCGCAACCAUCCUCUUCUAUUUUCUUAUUUGUUUUAAACCGACGACAAAAAAGCUACCCGACGCACAACCACGCUAAUAAUUCUUUCUUCGUCCUUAUCGUCAUCGUACCCGACCAGCAACUUCCGGUCUCCUCUUUUUUUUUCUUCUCUUUUUCCCCCGGUCUCCCCUCUAAUAGAAAAGAAAAUUAUGUCGUCCAUGUCGCUCCUCAGAAUCGCCUCGCGGGGCCCCUCCAAGACCUUCUUCCGCGCAAACCGACCCGUCGCUCCCACUCGGUCUACCGCGUCCUUCGUUCCGGGUCUGAUUGCCGGCUCGAGCCUCAACUUCAGCACUACCGUGUCCCGAAAAUCCGCUGCGCAUCACGAGGAGACGUUUGAGGAAUUUACCGCUAGAUACGAGAACGAAUUUGAGAAGGUGCAAGAUGUUUUCGAGUUACAGCGUAACCUGAACAACGCCUUCGCCUACGAUCUCGUCCCCUCUCCCUCCGUAGUUGAGGCCGCACUCCGCGCCGCCCGGAGAGUCAACGACUUCCCCACUGCCGUGCGCAUCUUCGAAGGCAUCAAGGCCAAGGUCGAGAACAAGGACCAGUACCAGCAAUACCUUGACGAGCUAAAGCCCCUGCGCGAAGAACUCGGUGUCGUCCUAAAGGAGGACCUGUACCCCGAGGUGGGCAAAUAGACGACUCCACCCUCCUGAUCUCGCUACAAGUGAAAAGGGCGAGACAGGCAGCACGAAGAAAAUGCAUAGGUGUAUGGGCUGGUGUAUAGCGGGGAGCGGGAGCUAGCUUGGAAGACAGGCAGGGAAGCGAAGAUGGAGUUAAGGGGGGAAGCAAAAGAGAGAGCUGAUCCGGCAUCAUAUCGCGUCUCGGAUCUGGUUUGUUUCCCGCCUGCAUGUGUAUAUGUCUACUACUUACUACCUUUACCACUUAUUACUUACAACACUACCACUACUAUUCCGCCCGACAGCAACAGACGAAACUAGACACCGAAAAAAAAAACCCAUCUCUCUCGGGGCUUAGAGAAAAGUAGUUUAAAAAAGAUGAAGCAUUGCAGAAGCUGGUCGCAUUUUUGUGAGGUGUUACACAUUUGGACUGAGGGUUUGUAGAGGCGAGAGGCUCACUUUCUUACGCCCGUUGUGCUAUGCUAUGCUAUAAAAGCCCAUGCCGUAUAAGCUAUAGCUAUAUAUGUACUAACCCAGACUUAACAUCCUUUUUCAACCAACUAACUAUUCCGAUAUUCUAUUCUCGUAUCUAG